AUGCUGAGAUUUCCCAAGCUCGUCUCGCAGAGACUAGUGAUCCGUCGUUUUUCAUUCCUGUUAUCCAUCUUUUAUGCCAGUGCAGUACUAGCUACUCCCAUUAGCACCCGACCCAGCUAUCACAUCACGCCUGAGAAGAACUGGAUGAGUGAUCCCCAACGCCCAUUCUUCCUGGGAGAUGAAUGGCAUUUCUACUACCUAUACAACUCCAACUUUGAUAUCUCAAACCCCGGCUCAGGGGGUACGGAAUGGUAUCACAUCACAAGCACCGACAUGGUACACUGGACCCGUCGCGGUGUAGUGAUGGAGAAGUACAAACCGAACCCUCCCAGUGGGAUUAUACUUGGCGAUAUCGAGACCGGUAGCGCUGUCGUCGACGUAAACAACACUGCUGGUUUUGGCCAGAAUGCCGUCGUAGCCAUUGUUACGCAGAUGGCAGAUGGGGUGCAACAGCAAUCCCUUUUCUACUCUACCGACAACGGGUACAGCUUUUCGCCAUAUGAAAGUAACCCCGUAAUGCCAAACCCAAGCUCCACUUCAAAGCCUGCGUUUCGAGAUCCCAAGAUAUUCUGGGAUGACAAACAGGGGCAUUGGGUCAUGUCUCUCGCAGAGGGUGACAAGAUUGGCUUCUACACCUCUACAGAUCUUAAGACCUGGGCUUACAUGUCCGAGUUCAAGCCUGGGAACACUGGCGUAGACUUGGGCACCCUUGAAUGCCCAGAUCUCUAUCAGAUAGACCUAAACGGCGAUAGCACAAAGCGCACAUGGAUUCUCGCCAUGGGCGCUAACGGCUAUCGCUACAAUAGGACGACAGGUAUUGCGUAUUGGACUGGGAAUUGGGACGGCAAUGGCUUCACAGCCACAGAAAGUUAUCCUCAAUGGAUGGAUGACGGGCCUGAUUUCUACGCAACGGUCAGUUGGGAAAAUUCUGAUAAUAAAUACGGUAACCGUUAUGCCAUUGCCUGGAUGAAUAACUGGGAAUAUGCAGCUUCGCUCCCUUAUUACGCGGAUUUCGCUGGCCAGCAGAGUUUGGUCCGGGAGAUCAAGCUCAAGACUAUCAACGGUUCUCCCACCUUGGUCAGCAUCCCAAUAGAAGGGUAUGAAGAGAUAGUCGGAUCUUCCAAGUCCGUGAAUGAUAAGACCAUCACAACGGACCCUGCGUCUGCAUCCCUCCCCGGCGGCAUGGAGCAAGGGGCAUACAUCAUCCGCGCCACGAUCUCCAAGAAUGACGGCAACAAGGGCAACGAAGUCCGGUUUGUCAUAAGGUUCGAUGGGGAUUUCAGCACGACUGUCGGCUACGACUUUGUGCGUUCCCAGGCUUUCCUGGUCAGAGACUCAGACGGUUCCGCGACGGAUUCUAUGGCUGAUGGUCCAAAGAAGGCGUACGAUACCGUGCGCACAGCGUCGAAUCCGUCAGGGGGGAGUACGGUCAAGCUGGUCAUCUACGUGGAUUGGAAUUCGGUUGAGAUUGUCGUGAACGACGGUGUAGCAGUGUUAUCGGGGCUGAUUUAUCCGAAUGAAGGUGCCAACGGCGUUCAGGUUGUCUCAGAUACAGGAAGUUUGACGUUGGUUUCAUUUAGUUACGCGGCUUGUGAGAGUAUUUACUAG